AUGAAAUCCAAGAUUAAGAAAGAAUUUGAAAUCUUUUACAUUGAAAACUUAGAAUUGCGCAGAGAAAUUGAUACUCUUAAUGAACGCUUAGCUGGUGAAGGACAAACGAUUGAUGGGGCGGAAUUGAGUAAGGGCCAGCUCAAAACAAAAGCGAGUCACAGCACCAGUCAGCUUUCUCAGAAGCUAAAGACCACCUACAAGGCUUCAACCAGCAAGGUAUGCAAGGCACUGGCUCUCGAACCAGUCAUGUGGUGCUUACGGUGUGCAGAUGUGUACUUUAACUUGCAUAUUUUCCAGUUAGAAAUGUGUAAUAGAAAAAUGUCUGGUUUCUAGAAACAACCAUUGCUAAAUGGCUACAGAAUGUAGAUGCUUAGAUACUAACUUAGAUACUAACUUCAGUGAGAUCAAUGUAUUAUGCAUUAGUA